UAACUUGAACCUUUAAUGAUCUUUUCUUUCUAUCGCGAAAUGCGCUUUUUGCAUCUUUUUGAUACAACUAUAUUGCGAUUGCAUUGCUUAUGAUUUUGGUACCUUCUUACGCUUUGUUCAAGUUGGUUUUUGCUCUCUGAGUUAGAUCUUUAUACCCAACAUUGAAGUAUUUAUUGUACAAGCAAAAGCACAAGCACAAGCACAAGCCACAAGCAGCAUUGAACAAGCAACAAGUAUAUCGAAAUCCCCCUCCUUCCCCCUUAGAUCGAUAAUAGAGGCCGCAUUUCGGCAUUUUUGUCUUGUCUCCCUUCUUCGCUCCCUACCUACAAUUUAACCUACCUAUUAUCUACCUACCUACUUAGGCAUAUACCUACACUUGCAUUUCUAUACAUCCAAUCAAUCCACAUACCCAAAUAACAAACAACACCCAAAAGAAACAUCCCCCCAAUCAUCCACAAUGAGCGCCACCGAAAUCGAGGCCGUCGUGCCAACCUCCACGUCCGCGGACCUUCCCUCCGGGGACCCGGUGCCCGACUCCUCCGCCCCCGUCCCGGCACCCAAGCCGGAGCCCCUCCCCUCCAUCCCCUCCUCCCUCCCCAUCGCCGCCUACCUCGCCGCCGCCCCCUCCCACGCCGACGCCUUCCUCGCCCACCUCCAGCGCUGUCUGCAGACCCCCUCGGGAAUCGACACCACCCUGCUCUUCCUCUGCUACGGCUCCCGCCUCGGCGCCUCCCUCCUCGAGUCCCUGCUCACCCGCCCCGCCAUCCACCGCAGCGCCCAGCGAUUCAUCGCUAUUGCUGCGAGCUUGCCGCCCUCGGCUACGUUAGUUUUCGCGGGCAAGGCGGCGCUGUUCCCCUCGCAGAGCGCGCUGGUGGCGGGCGCGUUGAGCGCGGUCAAGAGGCUCAGGGCGCUGAGCGGGAUGUUGACGGAGGCGAGGACGUUCCUGAGGCUGUGGGGGCUGCUGAAUAUGUAUUUCUGGCUGCGGAGGCUCGUCGUCAAGCGGUGGGCGCGGCGGCAGCAGGCGAAGAAGGCGGAUAGCGAGAGCAAGGAGAUCGAGAAGAGUAGUGGUGGUGUAGCGGAGAAAGACGACGACGGCAUCGAGACGGCCAUCUCCUGGGUCCAAGUCACAACGGGCAUCGUCUUCCAGGCCCUCGAGAACGGCGCCUUCCUCUCCGCCAAGGGCGUGCUGGGGUGGUCCCCCGCGACGCAGAAGAAGGCUUCCCUGUGGAGCGCCCGCUUCUGGGCCGCCUUCGUCGGCGUCGAGAUCGGCCGCCUCUUCUACGAGUCCCGCAAGCGCGGGCGCCGCUCCCGCGCCGAGAAGUUCGGCAUCACCACUGCCCCCGACGGCACCAGCGUCCAGCAGAAGACGGCGGCGGAGGUGCAGCGGGAGGAGCAGGAGUGGAGCGACACGUGGGCGAAGAGCUUGACGAGGAACUUGGCGUGGGCGCCGCUUACGGUACACUGGAGCACGGAGGGGGGGUUGCUGAGUGAGUUGGCGGUGGGCGCGAUCGCGACGGUGCCGGGGGUUAUUCAGAUGCGGGAUUUGUGGAGGAGGACGGCUGAGUAAGAGUGGAAUGGAUGGAUGUUGGAUGUUGGAUAAGAAAAGAAAAGAAAGGGGAGAAGGGGAGAGGGAGAGAGAUGUGAACGUGUGUGUGUGUGUGUGUACACAAAAUAGAAGACCAGCCGGUUUUUUAUUUUUAUUUUUUCUAUUUUCAGGGAGCCUCGAUGAUGUUGAUGCGUCGGGGCUUUUGUAACGAAUGAGUGUAGAGAUGUAGGGAUGACGAAGGAAGAAGAAAAGAGAAGAAAAGAAAAGAAAGGAAAGGAAAGGAAGAUAUCAGGAGGCUCUUUUGAUUAUUUUCUUUUUUAGUUACCUAGGUACUAAAGGUUUAUUCUACUGUUGUUGUUGUUGUUGUUG